GUUUAUUAUAAGGCGGAGCUCGGCUGCAGAGGUACGGGCUGGAGCCGAGCGGAGCAGAGAGGAAUCCGGCGGUAGAGAGCGGACUCCAGCCGGCGGACCCCGCAGCCCUCGCCUAGGAAAGCAGCGCGCUGGGCAGGCGCCCGAGGGGACAGCGCGCCGUGCAACCGGCGGAGCCAGCCCGGAGCCCCGCGCAGUCCGCAGCCCCGACCCGCGCAGCCCGCCGCGCUCUCGCCGCCGGUCCGGGCAGCAUGAGGCGCGCGGCGUUCUGGCUCUGGCUCUGCGCGCUGGCGCUGCGCCUGCAGCCGGCCCUCCCGCAAAUUGUGGCCACAAAUGUGCCCCCUGAAGAUCAGGACGGCUCUGGGGAUGACUCUGACAACUUCUCUGGCUCAGGCGCAGGUGCUUUGCCUGAGAUCACCUUGUCACAGCAGACCACCUCCACCUGGAAGGACCUGUGGCUCCUGACAACCACGCCCAUGGCCCCAGAGCCCACCGGCAGGGAUGCCAUAGCCACCUCUGCCCCCAUCCUGCCAGCUGGAGAGGGGCUUGAGAAAGAAGAGGCAGCAGUCCUGGCAGAAGUGGAGCCGGGCUUCACCGCCGGGGAGAAGGAGACCACCCCCCAACCCAGGGAGACCACACAGCUCCCAACCACUCCACGGGCCUCCGCAGCCAAAACCACCACAGCCCAGGUGCCCACCACCUCCCAUCUCCACAGGGAUCUACAGCCUGGCCACCAUGAGACCUCAGCUCCUGCGAGACCUGGCCAGCCUGACCCUCACACUCCCAGCAUAGAGGCCAGAGGUCCUACUGCCACCGAGAGGGCUGCUGAGGAUGGAGCCUCUAAUCAGCUACCGGUAGAAGAGGGUUCUGGGGAGCAGGACUUCACCUUCGAAAUAUCUGGGGAGAACACGGUUGUGGGGGCUGCAGAGUCUGACCAUCGGAAUCAGCUCCCUGUGGAUCAAGGGGCCACAGGUGCCUCACAGGGCCUCCUGGACAGAAAGGAAGUGCUGGGAGGGGUCAUUGCUGGAGGCCUGGUGGGGCUCAUCUUUGCCGUGUGCCUGGUGGGUUUCAUGCUGUACCGGAUGAAAAAGAAGGACGAGGGUAGCUAUUCCUUGGAGGAGCCGAAACAAGCCAACGGUGGGGCCUACCAGAAGCCCACCAAGCAGGAGGAGUUCUACGCCUGACGCGGCAGCCAUUCUCCCCUCCCCCACCACUCACCAGGCCCCCACUUGCCUCUUCCGUGAAGAACUGCAGGUGGCCUCCUUGCCACCAGGCCACCUCUCCAGCACCCCGGAGCCCUGGAGCGUGCUGGGGACCUCCAUUCUGCUUCUCUGACUUCUGCAUAGAGAUUUGGGGCACAAAGGGUUUCUCGCAUAUGACCUUUCCACCACAGGCAGCACCUGGCGUCUGACCAUCCUGACUCAGUUUCUCCAAACUGGAGCAGCCCCUCCCCAGGCCCAGCUCUGGAGAGAAAGGGGACCCCACUGCUUUGGACCUGGAUGGCCACUGUGGCUGGAAGAUCCUGUGGGUGGGGGCUUCGGGUUGAUACAUCUAUCAUCUAUAGCACUUACUGGUAGACACCAGCAGUCUUGGGGGCAUUGGCCACUGAGUGGGGAGGAGUUCAGGGCUCCACCAGAAUUCACUUUGUUUUAUGGGGAGUCUGACUUAGAUAUCAACUUGUUUUUGCACACGUUUCCUCUAGUUUCUUUGUUCAGUAGCCCCAGUAGACUUUGUUACUUCGAGGUAAGUUAAGUAAGUUGAUUUGGUAUCCCCCCAUCUUGCUUCCCUAAUCUACAGUCAGGAGACAGUGUCAGGGUUAAGAAGGCUUUUUUUUUUUUUUUUUUUAAACUAGGAGAGCCAAAUCUGGAAGCCAGAAUGUAGGCUUAGUUUGUGUGUUGUCUCUGAGUUUGUUGCUCAUGUGUGCAACAGGGUAUGGACUAUCUGCUUUGUGGCCCCAUUUUUGGUGGCCCGUUAGUGGGCUGGCCAGUCCAGGCUGCCACGGGGUGGCCACUUCUUUUGCUCAGUCAUGCCAGUGUCCUUGAACUCAGGGCCACGGACAUGGCCUGGGCUGCUGUGACAUUGGAAAAGCCCAUAUGAGAAUCAAAUCUCGCGGCGCAGGCUGGGAUGUUGGAAGGAGGACUGUGGGCUGGCUGGAAGGGUGGCAGGAGGCCCGGAGACUCUCCUGCAGACUGUGCCCUUCCUGCCUUGGCUCCUUCUCUGGAGGAUGACGAUCUCUCCUGGAAGUUGACAAGAGGCGCCGGGCACAACUGGCCCAGAGCUCUUCCAUCCAGGGCCAGGUUCACCUGAAGCUCCUGCAGCCCCACCCUGGUCUGGCAUCAGGAAUGUUUUCCAAAGAGUGAUAGUCUUUUGCUUUUGGCAAAACUCUACUUAAUCCAAUGGGUUU